GGGUGCCGAGGAUCUGUCUGAUGGUUCCCAGGCCACGCUGAUGCUGCUGUGCCAGAAGAGAGAUGGGGAAAAGAUACUUCUGUGACUACUGUGACAGGUCCUUUCAGGACAACCUUCACAACAGGAAGAAACACCUCAAUGGCGUGCAGCAUCUCAGGGCGAAGAGAGUCUGGUACGACUUAUUCCGAGAUGCUGCCGCUAUCCUGCAAGAGGAGCAAACCAAGAAACCGUGUCGGAAGUUUCUGCAAACAGGACAGUGUGAUUUUGGGUCCAACUGCAGAUUUUCCCACAUGACAGAGCAGGACCUGGAGAAGCUGAGUGCCCAGGUUCAAGGGGAGCAGAGAUUGAAGGAGCUGCGGCAGGAGGGAGCAGAUGCCCCGCCUGGCACCAUCGAGGACUGGCUGGAGAAGAGAGCAAAGAGACUGAGCGCGGCUCAGAGUAGCAGCGCUCUGCCUGAGAAACCAGCGCCUUUCCAGUACCCGCCAGGCUGGCCACCGGUGCAGGAUCUCCCCCCAUCCCUGCAGGCGCCCCCACCCGGAGGGUGGCCUGUCCCCCCCAACCUGCAGUGGGGCUGA